AGCACACCGUGGACCUCCACUCAGCUGGACCUUGAGCAAUCCUCAUAUCAAUCACGGGACUCGCCUGCUGCCGCUGCAGUGGGCUCCAGGCUGCCCAGAGGCAGAUUCGGAUUUCUUAGGCCUUCCACCCUCACCCUCUCCCCUUGCAGCCCCAAAGGCAAAAGCGUAAACUGUACAACCACCUGCAUCGUGCAAACUCCAUCCUCCGUCUUCCAAUUUAUUGCAUCACUUUCUCCAGCACCAUUCCCACAUCCCCAUCCACAUCCACAUCCAGAUCCACACCAUAGACGUAGUACAAAAUGGUAGGCUCUCUCAACCCGUUCCACAACUCGAAUUCCACCCAUUCUACCCAUUCCACCCCUCUCGUCCAUGUUUACAAAACAAACUCUCGAGCCUCCUCCCCCCUCCCCCCGUCUACUCCCUAGCAACAAUCUCACAGCUAGCAGAAAAGAAGCUUUGCUAACCAAGCCAAAAUAUACAACAGGCUGACGCAGGAUUGCCCGCCGGCUGGGAGGUUCGACACUCCAAUUCCAAGAACCUCCCCUACUACUUUAACGAAUCGCAAAAGACGUCGCGAUGGGAGCCCCCGCCAGGAACCGACACGGAGAAGCUCAAGACAUACAUGGCCGAGCAUCAUAGCGCGCCGGAAAUCAGACCCGAUGCCAGCGGAGCGAAUGGCAGCUCUGCGAACAAUGGCAAGAUCCGCGCCGCUCACCUCUUGGUCAAGCAUAAGGAUAGUCGGCGUCCUAGCAGUUGGCGUGAGGUACGUUGGCACAGCGGUGGUUCGAGCUGGAGCCGGAGCCUUCUCCGCACGAGACGAGAUGUAGCAGAGUAUGCUAAUGAAUGGAUUCAGGCCGAAAUUAGACGUACAAAGGACGAGGCGAUGGGAAUUAUUCUUGGUCAUGAACAGCGUAUCAAAAGCGGCCAAUCGACCCUGGGUCAACUUGCGGUUAGCGAAUCUGAUUGCAGCAGCGCUCGAAAAAUGGGAGAUUUGGGUUUCUUCGGUCGAGGAGAUAUGCAAAAGGAGUUUGAAGAUGCCUCUUUUCAACUGAAACCCGGAGAGAUCAGCGGGGUGGUUGAGACUGCCUCUGGCCUACAUUUGAUCGAGAGGUAUGAUAACCCCUUAGCUUUGCAAAACUACAUUCUAACCAGCCCACAAGAUUGGAAUAAGCUUCUUUCUUGCGUUCAAGUGGAUCACAGUACUGGCAUGGGGACACUUAUUUG